UCUUCCGCAACGAUACCACAGUCCACAACAGUGUCGAAGAGACUAGCUCCUGUAGGUGAAAUACUUCGAGUCACAUUUCACGUACCAUAAGCUAAGGUACGGUAGUAUUUUCGGUAAAACAGACAGAAAGCGUCGCUGACUGUGGGCACGUAAAUUACGCUCCGCGUACGCUAGAUAGAGUAGCACGCGAGGAGUAACCACAACAAAAACGGAGAGAACACAAAGUCAUUGAUUGUCAGAGAUUGUUAGAAUGGCUGAUGUUCACUCAAAGACCAGAACACGAGCCAGUUCCUCCGAGUGUACGGCCGAAUCCCCUGAAAGCAUGGGAAGCACCAGCAGAGGCGUGAAUGCAUCUCCUCCAUGUUACUCAGUGUUGAGUUCCCCUCAGACAGGAUAUGCUCAGAGGGAAUUUAUUAUGAUGGCACCUGAAGAAAAGCUCAAAUACUUUGACUGCCGAGCUCAGACCCGUGAGGACAACCAAGAGUUUGAUGCCUGCAUUCAGGACCUGGUGCGUUGUGCGGCUCUGUGUAGGCUGGUAUAUGGAGACGGACAUCUGAAACUGGCCCAGGCCCAUGCCAGACUGGCUAAAGCAUAUCUCCAGUUCAAAGGCUGGAGACUGCAGGCCCAGGAGCACUCAGCUCUGGCCAGAGAGCUGCUGCCUUUCUGCUCCUCCAUCUCCUCCUGCAGAGGUGAAAAGCUCGAGGUUCUUAUGUGUCUCCUGAACGUACACCUCACCCAGGGAGGCGCUUCACUGCUUACAGCCAAUCUUGAGGAGGCAGAAUCCUCUUUUCUGGAAGCAGAAGAAGUUCUUGAGGAGCUUCAUCAACUCAGUGGCAUCAACCAGGAAGAGAAGAUGAAGACUGAGCUGGAAAUCUCCGCUGGUCUAUCCAGGAUCUAUAGGAGACAGAACAGACCAGAGGAGGCCUUAAACCAGUGUGAGAAGUCCCUGCAGCGGCUGAAGGACUGUGGCGAGCCAGAGAAGACGUGCUCGCUCUAUCGGGACAUGGCCGCCAUCGAACAGGACAAAGGUCAUUUGGACCGAGCCAUAGAGCAUCUCACCAAGGCCCAUGCCAUUGCUAUGAGUCACAGCCCAGAGGAGCUAGAGGGGGCUCAGAUCUCCCACAGCCUGGCCCUCGUCCUUUCUGCUGCUGCAGAGCCACAUCACAAUGAAUCUGCAGGUUGCUACUUUGAGGAGAGUCUCAGUGCAUAUAAAAACUCUGCAGGUUCACAGGAUCCAGCCUUUCUCGUGGCCCAGGAUGAUUUCUGCCGUUUCCUCCUCCUCAGUGGCCAACAAGAGAGAUGUGUGGAGAUCCAGAAAGCUUCUCUCGCUACAAAGAGAUCUACCUUUGGUGACCUGAGUGCUGAGGUAGCAGACACCCUUCAGCUUCUAGGAAGCAUGGAGAUGAGUGAGGGCAGACUGACGCCGGCCCACAGGACCAUGAGAAAGUGCCUGGAGAUCCAGAGUUUGUUGUACGGUCCUCAGCACAAGAAGACGAAAGCUACACAGAAAGCGGUGGACAUGCUGGCGCGGGCACCAGAGGUGGCUGAGAGACAACACAGGCAAGGGAGAAGGAAAACAAAACGUCACACACUUUCAGCUGAACCCUGCAGUGGCAAUGAUGGAAACUCAAUGUCGGACUCUUGAAAUGUUCUUUUUUUUAUUUUGCCAGUACAAUAAUCUUGCAAGUUUUGACCAAUAAUUGCUGGCAUUCAUUUUUGAAUGCCAGCAACAGUCUGUUAGAUGAUGCACUGCUGAAAAUCAUCUUCAUUUGCACUAAUUAUGUCCACUGGCAUUUGUACAUGAUCUUGUGUCAUUUUGUACAUCAAGUAACAUAAGUCAGCUUUAAAGAAAUACUCGUACUCAGAAAACUUACCAACAAUGUGUUUUAAUUGUCAUUUUAAGAUAUUAAUCAAUUUCCAAAGAAGGGCUGGAUUUGUUUUUCACAAAAGCAUCAUACCAUGUGUUCAACAAAAAACAUGUUAAUAAAAGCAAUGAUGUUGGCCUAUCCAUGGUGACCAAUAUUUAUUGAACCUUUGACUCAUUACAAAAUCUUUAUACUUUCUGGAUGUUGCACAUUAUCUAGAUUACACUCUGUACAUACAUAUCCAGUAAAGUAAGAUUUGUUAUUAAGCCACAAUUGAAGUGCAUUGAUGUAAUAGGGUUUUUGUUUAAAUUACUGCAGUUUGCAGAUGAGAACGUAUGGAAAUAUGC